AUGGAGGCAUCCACUUUCCUUAAAAGUUCUGGGUAUACUGACUCAGAAGCGGGUUGCAAAGGGGCCCAAAUAAUAAUUCAAGGUUCAGAGCCCAAGAAAUACAGGCCUGCUGCUAACAAUAUACCUGUUUUGUUCCUCCAGAUACAAUACCAGUGUCCCAAUAAUGGUUACUUCCAAGACCGCACUGUUAAGACGAGCGUGUGUCAGAACAACCACACCUGGCUGCCUGGCCCAGAGACUUUCUCUCGUUGUCUGGAGGUAGUUACACUGGCUGCUGCUCCUACCAUAGCAGGGACUACCAAAGUAGAGAACGUUACCUGUAUCCAGUACCACGAUAACCAGACUAUCGUUCAACCUGCUAAUGUAACAUACACAUGCCCUGGAGGAUUUGUAGGCCUUGGUACUAUCUUCAACUUUGUCAGUAGUAACUGCUCCUGGACUGGUCUGGUACAACCAGUCUGUGUUAUACCAACAACAACAGCAGCCACAACAAAAACAACAGCUGUAGCAACAGCAACAAAGACUACAGCAGCGGUAACUACAACAACUACAACUAAACCAACAACAACCAUCACCACAACCACAACAAAACCAACCACCACCAUAACUAAACCAACCACCACCAUAACUAAACCAGCCACCACAACCACCACAACCACAACAACAACCACAACCACAACAACCACAACAACAACAACCACAACCACUAAACCUGCUUCCACCAAUGGUAAGAUUUUUUACUCUUUUUGUCCACUGACUAAAUUUAAUAAAUCCUUGAAAUACAAUGCUGUAUUAUGACAAUAAAUCUGAAAUACAAUUACCAAUAUAAGAUGUAUGAAUAUUUAAUCAACAUAUUCUUGUAUAAUAAUCGGUGUAUUAUUCUUGACUUAAGCUUGUCUAUACUCUGUGUACUCACCUAAUUGUAGUUGCAGGGGUCGGUUCACUGCUCCUGGCCCUGCGUGUGUGUGUGUGUUUUGUGUGUGUG